GAAACGCAGAUCUACGCGAGACACAAUGUGUUUUCUAUUAUGUCUCAUAUACCUAAUCUUGUAAUUUAUGGACACUGUCAUAAUUCAGGUGUGAACCAGUAAGAGUACAAUUAACCAAUCACACGUCGAACUUUAUAUAAAGCGGUUAUUGAAGAUCAAGGCUUUCAUUAAAUUGGAGGCCAUGACACUACUUACACGCAGAAGAUAACAAAUAUGCUUCUCACCAAAAUUGUGAAGUUCUUGAUAUUAGUUGCAACGUGUGAGGCUAUGACGAUGAAACAGAUCAGGAAUACUGGUAAGAUGAUGAGAAAAACGUGCCAACCAAAGAAUAAUGUCGAAGACGAGAAAAUCGAUCCGAUUGCCGACGGUGUCUUCAUUGACGAGAAAGAAGUGAAAUGCUACAUGGCUUGUAUUAUGAAAAUGGCUAACACGAUCAAAAAUGGGAAAUUAAAUUAUGAUGCAGCCAUAAAACAGGCCGAUUUGUUGCUUCCUGAUGAUAUAAAGGAACCUGCUAAAGAAGCUAUUACUGCUUGCAGAAAAGUUGCGGAUGCCCACAAAGAUAUUUGCGAUGCGUCAUUUCACAUCACUAAAUGCAUCUACACACAAAAUCCUGGUAUAUUUUACUUUCCUUGACUUUUAGAUAUAACUCUGUAUUUGCUUUUUACUUAGAUCUAUAUUUAUUUGCUUUGUAUAAAUAAAUAUUAUUAUAAAUAAAAAAAAAUCUCUUAAUGAAAUAAAAUGUUUAUGCAAGAUAAAA